AUGGGUUCGAUUGUCCUCCCUCACCUGCAAACAGCCUGGCAUGUGGACCAGGCUAUACUCUCUGAGGAAGAACGCCUGGUAGUGAUCCGAUUCGGGCGAGAUCAUGAUCCCGACUGUAUCCGCCAAGAUGAGCUCCUCUACAAAAUCGCCGAGCGGGUAAAGAACUUCGCUGUCAUUUACCUAUGCGACCUUGACCAAGUCUCGGACUUCAACCAAAUGUACGAGCUUUAUGACCGGAUGACGAUCAUGUUCUUUUACCGCAACAAGCACAUGAUGUGCGAUUUCGGCACAGGAAACAACAACAAGUUGAACUGGGUGCUGGAGGACAAGCAGGAGUUGAUCGACAUCAUCGAGACGAUAUACAAGGGCGCCAAGAAGGGCCGUGGUCUAGUGGUCAGCCCCAAAGAUUACUCGACCAGAUACCGAUACUAA